AUGGACGAGGAGAAGGAGUGUGAAGAGUACAUGCGAAUGGUUAAGGCAAAUGAGAGGAACGGUACCGCGUCGUACGAGGACAAACUGGUCGCGUCUCAUUGCGUCCAGCAGAAUAAAGAUCUUGAGUGUUCGGCAACAUCGGACCUCGAUGAUAUGAACACUGCACACUCAGCAUUCAAUAUUCUCAACCAGAUAGUCAUACAUCUCAAGCAUCAAAGCCGUGAGCAUGAAGCAUACACCAACGGCUUGAAGAAGACUUUACAAUGGAGAUACUCUGGAGAUGAAGACAAUCGGUCGGGUCAGGUCGAUAUCGAUCUUGUAGGCUACAGCCAACGUCUACAACUCAACUCCGUGGACGAGGCCAUAACUGUGAUGGUACCUCUGGUUAUGACUUGCCCGGUCUUCUUGUCGGACUUCGCCAGCUUCCGACACGUCAUGGCUCUGACAGGCUUCAUCCAAGAUGACGUCCAGCCGCUCGCGGAAGGCAAGUUCGGGGCCUUCUUCCGCAUGUACACCAGUGACUUCGCCAGUAUGAAGAGGCCGGACGUUCUGCAUCUUUCCGACGCUCUGGACCGUGGAUUUUUCUCGCGGUCCGGGUUAGGGCUGCGCUCACGCCCUCCGCCGAGAGAAUAA